CUCCUGUGUUAGGUGAGAAUAUUGACACAUAAACGUCAGCUGAUAAUUUCUACUAGAAAACUAGAAGACACUUUUCUGAUGAAGUUGUCUGUAAGCUCUCCUACAGGGACCAUGAGCAAGAGAGUGGCUGUCAUCGGAGCUGGCGUCAGCGGCCUGGCCGCCAUCAGGAGCUGUCUGGAGGAGGGGCUGGAGCCCACCUGCUUCGAGAGGAGCAAUGACAUUGGGGGCCUGUGGAAAUUCUCGGACCAUGCAGAAGAAGGCAGAGCCAGCAUUUACCGAUCUGUGUUCACCAACUCCUCCAAGGAGAUGAUGUGCUUCCCAGACUUCCCUUACCCUGACGACUACCCCAACUAUAUGCACCACAGCAAGCUCCAGGAGUACAUAAAGACGUUUGCGCAAAAAAAGAAUCUUUUAAGAUACAUACGAUUUGAGACCCUGGUUUCCAGUAUAAAGAAAUGUCCCAGCUUCUUAGAAACUGGCCAAUGGGUCAUUGUUACUGAAAAAGAUGGAAAACAGGAAUUUGCUGUUUUUGAUGCUGUAAUGGUUUGUUCAGGACAUCAUGUAUACCCCAAUCUGCCAACUGAUUCCUUUCCUGGCCUGGACAAAUUUCAAGGCAGCCAUUUCCACAGCCGGGAUUACAAGGGGGGAAAGAGAGUCCUCGUGAUUGGCCUGGGGAAUUCGGGAUCGGACAUUGCUGUGGAGCUCAGCCAUCUGGCGACACAGGUGAUCAUCAGCACCCGAAGUGGUUCCUGGGUCAUGAGUCGGGUUUGGGACGACGGCUACCCUUGGGAUAUGUUGUAUGUAACCCGCUUUGCGUCUUUUCUCCGGAACAUCCUUCCUUCAUUCGUCUCUGACUGGUUAUAUGUCAAGAAGAUGAACACGUGGUUUAAGCAUGAGAACUACGGUCUGAUGCCUUUAAACGGUCCCCUUAGGAAAGAGCCCGUGUUCAACGACGAGCUCCCGGCUCGGAUUCUGUGUGGCACCGUGUCCAUCAAGCCUAACGUGAAGGAGUUCACAGAGACCGCGGCCAUUUUUGAGGAUGGGACCGUGUUCAAGGACAUCGACUGUGUCAUCUUUGCCACCGGCUAUAGCUAUGCCUACCCCUUCCUCGAUGACUCCAUCAUCAAAAGCAGAAACAAUGAGGUCACCUUGUUUAAAGGCAUCUUCCCCCCACUGAUGGAGAAGCCCACCCUGGCAGUGAUUGGCCUUGUCCAGUCCCUCGGGGCCGCCAUUCCCACAGCUGACCUGCAGGCCCGCUGGGCUGCUAAAGUGUUUGCAAAUUUAUGUACCCUGCCAACUACAAAUGAAAUGAUGGAUGACAUUGAUGAGAAAAUGGGGAAGAAACUCAAAUGGUUUGGCCAGAGCCAGACUUUGCAGACAGAUUACAUCACGUACAUGGAUGAGCUGGGCUCCUUCAUUGGGGCCAAACCCAGCGUGCUGUGGCUCCUCCUCACUGACCCCCGACUGGCCAUGGAGGUGUACUUUGGCCCUUGCAGCCCAUACCAGUUUCGACUGAUGGGACCAGGGAAGUGGGAUGGAGCCAGAAAUGCCAUCUUGACCCAGUGGGACCGGACAGUGAAGCCCACCAGGACCAGGACUGUCGGUGAAGCUCGGCACCCUUACCCCCUUUACAAUGUGCUUAAAAUGCUUUCAUUCUCUGUGUUACUGCUGGCUGCUUUGCUUACAUUUUUUUUUUAAUGAGAAAGUCUUUUGGGUCUAAUGGACAACCUAGAAGUUUAAUUGCAUGACACCCACUUGCCCAGCCCCCACACACAUACACAAUGCUUGAACUCUUCUUACCCAUCAGAUGGUAUUAAAAUGAGUCCUGCCUGGCCCAUUUGAAUCAACGUAAAAAUAAAAUGAAAAACCUCAGCCUCCCUCUUUCUGAUGAGAAUCUAUUCUUUAAAAUGCUCUCACAUUCUGAGUUGGUUAAGUCUGGGUAUGCUCCAGAUAGGAAAGAAGACAGGAGGUUGAAUAAGCCUGAGUAUGAUUUUCAGGCUGGGAAGAGUUUAAUAAACUUCGCAAGUACAGUAUGUCAACCGCUGUGUUUUCUACAACAUUAACUGAAGAUAAUGAAUCGAUACAAAAAGAUUGCUUAGACAUGAAUUGCCAAAGCUCUCUUCCAAAGAAACACAUAACCUGAACAGACUUAUAUU